AUGGCUCAUGUGAGUAAAUACAGUUACUUAGUUUCUGCGGGGGUUUUGGUUCUCCUGUCUCUGUUUUGCUUGGCCGAUGGUGGAAAGCUGUUGGUGGUGCCUAUGGAUGGGAGUCACUGGCUCAGCAUGCGCUCAGUGCUGGCAACCCUCAGCCAGAAAGAGCACGAAAUUGUCGUUGUUGCACCAGAAGUAAACUUGAACGUGAAAGCAUCUGAGUAUUACACUCUCAAAACGUAUCCAGUGCCUUUAACUAGGGAAGAACUGGGAGCAAGCAUGCAUUCACUUGCUAAUGAUCUUUUUGAGAGAAGACCUUUUCUUCAAAGAAUUACUGCGCUUUAUGAAAAAAUUCAAGUCAUCUCCGGUCUCUACGUCUCGUCCUGUACCAGUUUACUGCACAAUAAGGAUCUGAUGCAAUAUCUUGAAGGGAGUAAAUUUGAUGCUGUUCUCACGGAUCCUGUUGUACCAUGUGGACAAAUACUGGCUCUGCAUCUCUCUAUCCCAUCCGUUUUCUUUUUACGGGGACUCCCCUGCAGUUUUGAUUUGCAGGCUACCCACUGUCCAGAUCCCCCUUCCUAUGUCCCAAGAACAUUUACAGACAACUCAGACCACAUGACAUUUAUCCAGCGCGUGGAAAACUUAUUUCUCAAGUCAUCAGAAUCCUUUCUUUGCAAUUUUGCCUAUUUACCAUUUGAACUUCUGGCCUCAGAUGUUCUCCACAGACCAGUAACAAUGAAGGAGCUCUUAAGCCAUGGAUCCAUUUGGCUUAAAAGAAUGGAUUUUGUUUUUGAGUAUCCCAUGCCAGUGAUGCCCAACAUAGUUUUCAUUGGAGGUAUAAACUGUGGAAAGAAAAAGCCAUUGUCUCAGGUCAGUGAUUCCAUUUCCGCAGAAAUGGCCCUGGUGCUUAGUGCUCAUCUGCAAGUCACGGUGGCACUGGUUCUGCUCUUGUCCGUGCUCAGUUUGGCUGCUGGAGGGAAGCUGCUGGUGGUGCCGGUGGAUGGGAGUCAUUGGCUCAGCAUGCGGGAAGUGUUGGACGGUCUCAGGCAGAAAGGACAUGAAAUAGUCGUCAUUGCACCUGAAAUCAGUUUAUACAUAAAGCCAACAACGAAUUUUGUUAUGAAAAUGUACCCAGUCCCUUUCACACAGGAAGACAUGGAUGAAAAUUUCCAGGCAUUUUUACGAGAUGUACUUGAAGAAGGAUCUUUUCUGGAAAGAUUUAUUAAACUAUACCAAAGUAUGAAAAGAUUCUUUGAUUUGGCAAUCUCCAGCUGUGCACACUUACUAUACAACAAAGAGCUUGUCAGAUAUCUUGAAGAGUGCAAGUUUGACGCUGUCCUUACAGACCCGAAAGGUCUCUUUCUGUGGGUAAAAGGAUUUCAAACUGCUUUUGCUUUGCAAAGAGGUGCCAGUACUCCUUUCAGUGAAGGCAUCCGAAUAUCACAGUAUAAAAAUAGAGAAAGUGUUGUAAAUGAAUUUAGCUCUGGGAAACUCCCCAUUGGUUGUGUGCCUCUGCUCAAAGCCAGCUUUGACAUUAGAGCAGGUUGCUCAGGGCCUCUGCUCAAGACUGUUGAUGUGGUGCAAGGCAGACUUUCAUUUGAGGACACCUUCGCUCAUCCUGUGGUCCACCUUGUCACUGCUGAUUUCCUCUAUGUUCCUGUCUUUUUUUCUUUAAAGAAGGAUUCUCUAUGUUUUAAAUUGUCAUAG